GAGCAUGCGACGGUGACGAAGACCGAGUAAAAGGCGAACACGGAACGGCCACACAAAGAGAGCAAGGAUGCGCAUGCCGUCGCGGAAAGAGGUGGACAAGGGCAGGAAAGAAAGAUAAUAGAGAAACGGACAGGACAGGAAAGCACAGGACCAGCGAUGGCGCUGCCGCUCCCGCCCAACUCGCACCUGCAGGCGGUGCUCCUGGUGACCAAGUCGCGGUCGCUGGGCCCGCGGCUCGUCUUCCACUACCCACCCAUCUCGCCGUCGGCAGCCGCGCUGCUGGCGACCAAGGCGCCCGCGUGGUUCGGCAACGACACGACGACGGCCAGCCUCGACGAGUCGACGGCGUCGAGCAGCGACUGGGACAGCAGCACCGAGGCCGACGGCGCCGACGACGACUGCGAGGCGGGCAGCAGGGCCAGCGCGGGGCGCGCAUCGGGGCGCACAGGCGCAAGCGCGAGCCACCGCGACAGGGAGAAGGCGCGCCCGGCUGCGGGCGCCUGGGGAAGGCAGGAAAGCUUCGACGAGGACGACGGCGACCAGCCGCCCGCCGGCGGCAGCGGCCGCCGCGCGCAGCCCGACAAGGACGGCAAGCAUGCGGGCGGCGACCGCGACUGGGACACGGUGCUGGGCUUCAAGGUCGACGCCCUCGAGAAGAUGCUGUGCCCGACCAAGGCCUUCAACAAGCGCCGCUUCGAGCUCGGCGUCGAGAGCGUCGUCUUCGUCGGCGCCCCCAUGUUUGUGCGCGACGACGGCCUCUGGAAGAAGCGCAAGAAGCGCCGGAAGCCCUCGCCCGACGGCCUGCUCGAGGGCGACGUGCUAGCCCACCUCACCACCGGUGCCGACGACCACCGCGACGCGAAGCCAGCGAAGAAGGACAUCUUUGUGCUCCCUCCGGGCUUCGAGGCCGGCUAUGGCCACGACAUGGACUCUGCAGUGCCCUCGCCCGCCGCCUCCGACUUCGGCUCCGACGUCAAGAGCGACUCCACCACCAACAACACGCCCGACAUGUCCAUGUUCAACGUCGUCUUUGUGCUCAAUCCCCCGGCUUUGGAACAUCAGAUGCGCGUCAAGGACAUGUACGACAACGUGACCAAGAAGUACGCAAAGGCGCUCAAGUAUGAAGAGGCGCGCUUCCAGUAUGUGUGGAAGGAGUCGAAGCGCAUCAUCGACAUCAAGCAGCGCGCAAAGGAGAACGGCGAGUCCUUGACAGCCACGUGGAAAAACAUUGUCAGCACCUCGCCCUUGGCAAAGUCCCUCGCGACCAUGUUCGACGCCAUUUCAUCCGACAAGAUUGCCCACAUCCACUUUGACGCCAGUUUCAACACGUCCUUCCAAGUCCCGCAGGCAGACUCGACACCGUACCUCCCAAAUGCAAUGGAGCCGCAGAUGCCCGGUCUAUGGCUCACGACCUCAAAUGUGGUGGUCGACGACGACCACGACGCCCCCAUGACCCAGCAUGCCGCCUUGUUACUCCUGCAGGAUCCCGAGGUCAUUCUCAAAGACCUCCAGGGCGAGAAAGCGAAUGCUGCAGCUCUUUCGUUCUAUAUUCGCACCAUUGUGCCCACCAAGUCACUGCUCAAAAUCUCAAUCAAACACAACAUCCUCGCACAGGAUAUGGAAUACAUAGCCAGCCACUUGGUAUACUGGCGUCGCGCUCGACUGAUUACCCCCUUGCACCCACGAGAUACCUACAUCGUUUCGCCCAAUGCUGACUUGUCCAACCUACAAGCUGCGAUGGUCGCUUAUGCACAACGCUUCCCUACUCUCCCUAGCUUACCCAAAAUGCUCAGCUUGUUGUCGCAAAAGCCCAAAGAGUAUCGAUACUUGAUACCCACGGCUGAGCAUCGGGACGCUUACAUGGACAUCCUCGCAUGGCUCAUGCGCGGCGGUUGGGUCACCCAGCUCCGCACCUUUGCCUGGGUGCGUGUCAGCCCCGACAUCAAAGCUCAAGUCGCAGCCGACAUGGAACGUGAAGAGCGCCUGAAGAAAGACCAACAGGACAACGAAUCUCUUGCCGGCUCACUGCGUUCGGACAAACGGUCAAGCUUUUUGUCGACUGGCACAGUGGUGGGAGGACCACGGCCAGGAACACCUCUUCGUAGGACCCGUCGCGACAUAGAGGGGGAUGAGGAGAUGGACGCCAGUACGAUCCUUAGUCCGCGUAUGGCAGCCACCAGCAGCGGCCCAGGCUGGAGAGGUAGCCCCGCCCGCGCAUCCAGCGACACUGGAAGCACUAGCUCUGCGCGCACAACCAUACCAUAUAACGCAAUCGGCCGUCCUACGUCCCCGUUACAGCUUUCUUCUCCCCUCCCACCAUCGACCACAAAACCACCCCAUCGGCCAUCUCCUCUGCAUCUGAAGUCACCCUCGCCUUCGCGUCCGCCACCAUUUUCACCAACUUCGCCGACACACAUCGCCAAUCAGCCUCCGCUCUCUCCACCGCCCGUAUCAGAGCACUUCACAGCCUCAUUGAUACUCAGUCCGCAACGAGCUAACGCCGUUGAGGCAAGAUGGCUAGAAGCUAUUGGUAAGAGUUUCACAGAUGCAGACCUAAGGGCGCACUGGAGCACACUUUUGAAGUACUUUGAUGGGAAGCAUGCCAUUGAGGAUAUCAGCCCGAGGGAGGGCUUUAAGAGAAAGAGGGUAAGUGCGAUGAUGCAGGGCAUUCGGGAAGGCGGAUGGUUAGCUGUUGUGCGACAUUGGUAGGCUGUACUGGCGGAAUUUUGGUUGAUUCUAGAUACCCGCAUUUCCUGCUGUCGGUGUUGUGUUUCGCGUUGUUGAUCAUACGUAGUUGUAAACGAAAGCAAGCUAGCUGGUGAGAAUAGCCUCGGUACAUCAUUGCUACUGCCAUGUCAGGCUUAGCCCUGCUCGAAAACGCAAUAAUCUUACAAAUCAAAGUGGAACAGGGCAGCAACUGCCAGUACAAUUUUAUGUCUGAGUGGG